AUGACCACAGAUGGCUGGAUGGAUGCCCCUCCUGUCUUUGCCCCGAUUAGCACUCCUUCUGGAUGUCCUCAUAACCAUUCAAUGGGCUGUAGCCGGACUAAGGCUAAGGCCAAGGCUAAGGCCAAGGCUAAGGUCAAGGCUAAAGCUAAGAGAAGACGCAGCCGUCCGGCACCUAUUACUGUCUUCUCGCCGACAUCGUUCAUGAAUCGAAGGGCGAGGGUGCUGAGUUAUAGCCCUGUUGACCUUGGGAACCUGGUAGAUCUUGGGGAAGACCGCAUGGGAAGUCGUCUCAACCCAGCACCACGAACCUGGACGGGUGUGUGCGAGGACAGGAGCAGGACGAGGGGACGGAAGACGAGCUCAAUCAUGCAUUCCCCGGCCUUUCUCCUCCAUACGAUCGAAGAUCUCCUCGCUUCACCGCCGCUGACAUCGGCUUAUGUGGCUUCGCUCCAAGGUCUGGGCGUUCUUCCUGAUCCGUCGCCUUCGACGGCGUCAUCAACCAAAAGUAGCACCUCAUUGGAAUCCAUCAUCCCCGGUAAGUACAAAGUCACCAUUAGUGCUUACGAAAACUUGCAAGCGAUGUGGCGUGGCCCCACGACUGCAAAAGGCGAGGGGAGUGCAACGAUGAGCGAGAUUUCCUGGUACAAGGAAGGAAGUGAGGAGAGUAGUCCGAGUUCGGUGUACUCGUCCACCAUACCCCCAACCCCAGCUUGUGUGAAGGGUAGGAGAGAUGUCACAACACGCCUCACCCAUAUCAACGAGAUCGAAGGCCUUUCCCGCGCAAGGAAGGACUCAGAGACUCUGGGCCCGCUUUCUGGGACGACGAUCCUCCAACCUCGAAUCCUGCCGCACCAGCCUACUAUCAAGUCUGGCGAUGGUGUGGCACCGAGACUGGGCACGAGUCUGGCUGGUGUCAUUGCUGGAUCCACGCCUAGAACUCCCAGAUCACCUUACGUUCUCCGAACGCCAAAGACACCGAGGUCCGCCGGAGUGGCAGUAGCAGAGCCAAAUAUAAAGCCGAGGACACCACGGACGGUAGCCUUGGCUUCGGUGGCAGAUAGACGGAAGAUGCCGGGUAUGACGCUUGGCAUGCUGGAGAUCGGGGAAAUCAGCGUUGGUCAUCAGAGCCCAGAGUGGCUUUGA